UCGGCUUCUGUUCUUUCCCUUGGAGAAGAAAAGAGUGAAGGUUCAAACCGAUAAAAACAAUGGAGGUUUAUGGGUGGUAGUCUCAAGCAUCUUCUUCAUUCUCUCUUCUUCUUCUUCUUCUUAUGCUUAUGCUUAUGCUUCAUAUUCCAUAAACAUUAUAUUUGCUUGAAAAGAAAUUUCUCUUUUAGAGAAUCGAAACAAUCAUUCGCCAAUUAAAGCAGAGAAUAUAUUCCCCCAUGGCUCUGUUCUCCAAUGGUCACCACUCUUUUCUCACCAUCUUUAGCUUCAUUCUCGUUGUGUUUCUUCAAGGUGUCACGGCUGCCACUUUUACAUUCAACAACAAAUGCGAUUACACAGUAUGGCCUGGAAUUCUAGCUAAUCUAGGAAGUCCGAAGAUUGAAAGUACAGGCUUUGAGCUCACAAAAGGCAGCUCUCGUUCUUUCCAAGCUCCUACAGGUUGGUCAGGUCGGUUCUGGGGUCGAACAGGCUGCAAUUUCGAUGCUUCCGGCCGCGGGUCAUGCGCUACAGGCGACUGCGGCUCCGGCGAAAUUGAAUGCAACGGAGCUGGGGCCAUCCCGCCGGCCACCUUAGCCGAGUUCACGUUGGGUUCAGGGUCACAAGACUUCUACGACGUGAGUCUGGUCGAUGGCUACAAUUUGCCUAUGAUCGUGGAAGGAAAUGGAGGGUCAGGAGAGUGUGCCACCACCGGUUGCUUGACGGAUUUGAACAAAAAGUGCCCAUCCGAACUGAGAAUCGACGGCGGGGAGGCCUGUAAGAGUGCCUGCGACGCAUUCGGAAAGCCGGAGUACUGUUGUAGCGGAGCCUACAAUAGUCCGGCCGCCUGUAAACCGUCCAUGUACUCGCAAGUGUUCAAAUCAGCCUGCCCCAAAUCCUAUAGCUAUGCUUUUGAUGAUGCCACCAGCACUUUCACUUGCUCUGGCUCUGAUUACACCAUCACCUUCUGUCCAAAUGUCCCAAGUUUGAAAUCUUCAAAGGAUCCUGCUACUGCAAAGGCAACAGGUUCGGAUCCGGAUCCCAUGCAGACAUCUGCACUGGCAAGUCAAUGGCUGGCAAAUUUGGCCACCGGGAUCCAUUCGUUUUCCCUUCUCCGAUUUGGUUUUGCCGUCACUAUUUUUCUUGCCCUCUCUUUUUUAUUGUAGUUUUUAAUAUCCCAACUGAAGUUCAACAAAGGAAAAAUGUAGGACAGAAUCCAGAUUGUACGAGUUUAGUUAGGUCACUCAAGCCAUGCAUAUCUUAAUGUUAUAUACACAUAUUCAUAUGCAAA